AUGGCCCUCUGUGUCCGGUAUGGGCUCCCGAUUCACAACGAGACGGUCGAACAGAGGUUCCCGCAAACACAGACAUCGGUCGAGCAGGGGCUCCCGAUUGUAACCGAGGUGGUCGAGCAGAGGCUCCCACAUACAUCUGAGGCGGUCGACGACGAGCUCCCGCCUCUUAUCGACGAGAAUGAACGGGCUGUGGACUUAAAUGUGAACGACGUGGUGGAGACAGAGCUCCCACGUCUAGCGGGGGGUACUCCAUCCUCCAGCGACAGCGACGUUCCAGCCUCGAGCAGUGGCUCAAGACGCAAGAGAAAGCGUAGACGCAAGAAAGGUGCACGCCGAUCACCAAGACGACGAAAUUCUCGCUCAAGCGCCGUUGACGAUGAUACUGUAUUGACGGAAUCCGUUUAUUUUCUUCACGACCUCAAGGCCGGCGACAUCGAGCAAGUGUGCAUCAUAUCAGCCGCCGAAGCAGCUAGUGGAGAAGUUCUGGAGGCUCGCCCAAAGAGCGCUGAGCCCAAAUCAGCGCGCGAAGAACGUUUCGUGGCACAGUCUUGGGAAGCCCUUCGUGCUUCGGGCAACCCUGUCUAUGAUAUAGCGCGUGAGUAUACCUUGACGGUCGAGAGCGACUACGAGAACGACCUCGGUGGUCGUAAGACAAACGAUCUCGACUACGUGAACGCCUCCAUUGAUCGACAGGGCGUUCCCUCAUGUGACGCAACGCAGAUACUUGGAGCUCUGAGAGGCUCCUCUCAUAGCGUCCGAUCCAUGGUCGGAUGUGCUGGGGCAUUCCCCGUGCACACACCAUGUCGUCCCAUUCCUGCCGCAUUGGUCGCGGUCUCUCCAUGUGACACCGUGGACACCCUUAACGGACAUGGACGUAACACAUGUGGAACCCAUCACGAGUCAAAUGACAUACGCGUCGUCGUAAGUCGCCAAUAG